AACGACAUCUAUGAAUAAAAUUCUUUACACAAAAUUAUGAGAAACAAAAUUUUCAAAACAAAAUUCAUUGUGACAAUUUGCCCGCGUCUUUUGUGAUUAUCCGAAUAUUUAUCAAAAUGAAUCGAGGUAAUAAACGACCAAAACUAUCACGUGCUAGACCAAAAACUAAUGUUGAUAUAAAUCCAACUGAACAUUUACUCUUGGAAGUUGAUGAUCACGAAGAUGAUGAAUUCGAAUUCGAUGAUGAAAUCGUUGACAACAAAGAUGAAGAGGAUAAAUCACGUGGUAUAAGAGAUAUAUAUCGAGAUUAUUUACACACAAAACGAUUAAAAUUUGAUGAUUAUUGUAGCGAACAACGUGAAUAUCUCCGACAACUUCGUCAACGUUGUCUUGAACUACAACAAAAACGUGGUUGUCGAUUCCAUAUCGAUCCACCUGUCAAUCGUUUUGCAGAUAUUCCUUUGGGUGAUCCAAAAUGGCGUAUCUGUGAUCCUGAUUCAUUACCACCUGUAAUCGAUUAUACAGCUGAAAUUUGGGAAUAUUUUAAUCGUUUUUAUUUUGAACCAGAACAAUCUGAUUUGUCAACAUUGUUCGAAGGUAUUUGUAUAUACGUUAAUGGAUAUACGAAUCCUAUUGCAUCACAUCUUCAUACAUUGAUGCUUUUCACUGGUGGUCAUUAUACAUUAAUUUUCGAUCGACAUCGUACAACACAUACAAUUGCAACAAUUCUUUCAUCGGCACAAAUGAAAUCUGAAAUCGCACGAAAUAAAACUGUUCGACCAGAAUGGAUAAUCGAAUCGCUUCGUGCACGAAAAUUAUUACCAUUGCAUGAAUUUCUUGUACAUAAAAAAUUUCAAGAUAUUCGUGAAACAUUUGCCCGAAUGACUAGACAAUUAGAACAACAACAACAGCAGCAGCAACAACAACAAUUGGAGAAAAAAGAUUCGAAAAAAUUUCGAUCAUUAAGUCCAAUACUUGGCAUAAAAAAUGGUCUGAUGACUUUGACAUAUGAAACGUAUGAAGUUGAUUCAGAUCAAGAUUUUGAACCAAAUCUUUUAAAAUUAUUAAAUGAGCUAGAUAAUGAUAAACAUAGUACGCCUAAUACUAAACCACAUUCUUCACGAAUUUCAGAACAAGGACCAUCAUCAUCAUCAACCACUGGUGUAUUACCGGCUCAAAAUCACGAACCAUUAGCAUUCAAUACAUCAGAUUAUAUGCCAGGUUCUACACAAGAAUUGGAUUCUGCUAUGCUGAAUGAAUUACCCGAUGAAAUACGUCGAGAAGUUAUUGGUUACGCACGUCAAAAACAACAGAAAAACAAUCAAUGCACGAAAACUUCGGAUAAACCUACGAAAUCACCUGUUAAAAAUUUGAAAAAACCAAUCCAAAAUAAUGUAGAUAUUGCUAACAAUAUUUUCUUUGGUCGAAUUGUCGGUAUGAAGGCUAAUGUUUGUGGUAAAACUAGUAUUCAAGAUGUUGGAAAAUUAUUUGAAGAAUGGAUCUGUAGCACUGAAGAAUUGAACGAUAUGGAUAUUUCAUAUGUCAUUCGAUUUUUACUCGGAUUAGCCGAUGAAAAACGUUAUGAAGAUCUUCUACAAAUUCUAUAUGAUAUGAAAGAAUGUAUCCAACAAAAUUGUAAUCCAGAACAAUCUAUUUAUCAAGAAUGGCAAUUUUUGUUUGCCGGUACAUUAUGCACGGUUCUUACACAAGAAUCAUCGAUACCGAACGAAUUUCUACCUGAAUCAUUGUUUUCAAUUUGAAAUUUUUAAAUUUUUUUUUAAUCCAAAAAAAAUAAAUAAAGCUCCCUCUGUGAUCAU